AUGGCUGAGAAGUGUUUCUGUGUGAUAAAUGCCAUACAUCGUGUGAAGGGCGAGCAUUUUGAUAGUUUGACGAAUAAUCAAUUGGACAAUGCUGGGAACAAACUAGUGUAUGUAGCUUUAUCUCUCAAGUACCUGGAAACGGCUCACCCUGAGAACGGGAUAUCUACACAACUUAGGUCCCUAUUUAUGAAAGCUCUUGGUGGCUUUUUUGAGAUAAGUUCUCAAAUGAAUGAUCAAAGCAAGACAAAUGACACCAUCGAAAUGAUAUCAAAGGUGCUGAAGAUAAUUCGACUGGAGAAUAUUGCUGAGCGAAUCAAAGCUUCAAAGCCAUCAAGAUCAUCUAGUCUCAUUAUAACUAUGGAGAUGGUAGGGUCUGUCAUAGCUUUGCUUCGUUGUUUUGAUGGCAUACUGCACUUACUUGAUGUAAAGUGUCCUGCGCUUAAACCGAAGCUGAGAUAUCUAGGAGUCUUCUUAUCAUUAACUGUGAAUCGGUGCAUUGAGCAUGAGAGUUUUAAGGAUCUUUUUGCCCUUGCUGAGGAUAUAGCUUAUACCACAGUACACCUAUGUUUCUUAAGGUUGGCCAACAGUAUGGAGGAGGAGGAGGAGCACGACGAAGACCUGCAGGCACACCGAGUGUUAGAUUGUGAGUUCUCGAAAUUGCUGGAAAGGUUAAGUCCUUUUACACCUGAACUGAGGCAGAUUUAUCUGAGCCUCUUGAUUGAGUCAAAGUCAUCACGACCAGAGACUACAAUGAACGCUGAUUUUAUGUAUGAUUCUGUUGAUGCUAUCAAAGAGGAUCUGGUGGAGCUUCUAAGCCGUGAUGCCAGCUUAAAAGUUACCUUUGAUGAUCUUCUACCGUGGCUCCAAAAAGGACUAACUUACCUUUCUACAUUUCUCCACAGCAUAGUAUUCCAACGCACUUCACGUGAAGAAUUCAAUUCUCUUCAAUCACAUAUCAAUGCUCUGAUCAUUGAGGCAGCAAUUGUGAUCUACUCCUUUUAUGAUGAGGGAGGCAUGAAGAAUACUGAAACAGACCAUGAGCUUUUUCUUUUGGAACUGAACUUUAAUCAUGUGAAGGUAGAAAUUAAUCUGAUUCAGCUGCUAAACGGUGAAGCCACCAUAAUAGCUCCUCUGAAAUAUCUGGCUGACUGUGUUCGAGAAGAGCUGAUAUUGUUGGGAACUUUUCUCAUGUAUUCAUCGGAACAGUGCAAAGAGCAAACAGAGAUGACUGAUUUUUUUACCCUUAUUCAGUCUGUGACUAAACAAGCAUGGUCAGUCAUUAAAUCUCUUUCUCGUGACUUGAAGCAAGAAGACAUGACCAGGGAAAUUAAUCGCUUGCAUUUUGAAUUGCUUUUAAAAUUCAAGUUUAUUAAGGCAGUAAUUAGACAGAUGUGUCCCACCAUUUCUACAUCAUCGACACUGGAUCAUCCUACGAUAAAUCUUUUGAAUUUUCUUCCUAUCGACUUUGAUGUCAUUGAUUCUUAUUUCAGCAUGCUAAAAUCCUCAAAGACACAAUCUUCGCAUAUCCCCAAGAUGGAUGAGGUUUUGAUAAAGUUUCAUGAAUAUAUUCUUGGCAAUGUGCUACUGAAGGAUGAAAGUUAUUCAACGUUUACUGUUGCAGAUGAGGUUAAAAAGUAUUACUAUGGGUUGUUACUCAUCGUAACGUAUCUUUUUGACCCUCCAGUUCAAAGCAUUGAAUGCAUGAAGCAGAAAGAUUUCUUGACAAGAUUUGCAACUUUUGCAAUUGAGGAUGAAUCUGCUAUCUGUUUAAUUUAUGAGGAGGCUGUGGAUAGCAACAAAAGUAGGAAGACCAAUCUUGUUCUUCAUGUUUUGACGAUUGCUUUCAAGCUUAUCAAGUCUGAUGAAAGCUUGAUGGUUCUACUACAGCAGAAAGCAACUUUGAAAGCUGAAAUUCUGGAUCUGAUUGAAAGUCUUCAUGAAGAGUUUAUUUUCCUUAGAGCUUUUCUCAUGGAUGUUCUCACACAACACACAGAGCUUAACGAAUUGCAUGAUCUCUUAAUGCAUGCUGAAGUGACUUCCCACAAGUUAGGACAGAUCAGUGGUUCUAGUUAUGAGAGUUCCGUGGACGGGUCCAGCACUCAGCAAAUGAGGCUUCCAUUAUCUGAUCUGCUACAAGAGAUUGAGACUGUCAAGGUAGAGUUCAGAAAAGUAUUCUUUCAACUUCUGGAUGCAUCGCCUUGCAACAUGACAGGUGGAGAAGGCCUUGUCAAUUUUUUAUCGAACUGCCAAGACAGGCUGUUCAACUAUGAUGAUUGUUCAAUCUCUUUUCUGAAGGAUCAGAUCCUAGUUGUCAAAGACAAAUCAGAGUACUUGGGAUCUUUUGUUGCAGAUAUCGUACAGUAUCGUGAUAUGCAUCAAGAACUCAAAGACCUCGUGAGACGUAUUCAAGAUAUAAAUUAUGUAUGUCUCUUCCAUGUCAAGGGUUAUAAACCCGCCUGGUAUUACAUGUUAUAUCUCUCUGAUUUCAAGCAAUUGCUCAAGCAUAUUGAGGCAGAAGUCAAAAUGAUCUGUCUUAAAGUUCCACAUGCAUUAGGUUAUUGUUUCCCCAAGACAGAUGGAUUAGGAUUUUUCAGUUGUUUCUUGGGAAAAUUGGAGGAGCUGUUGCGUUCUAAGAUUCAUUCGGUUAUUGAUUUAAAGCAUCAGAUUGAAUCAGUCAAGGAGAGCUUAUUGUGUCUCAGAUCAUUGAUAAAUCAUUUUGCGGAAAACUUAGAUGAGCAUGAUGAAGUUUAUGGUAUUAUAAUAACAAGUGUUGCUGAAAUGGCAUACAAGGCAGAGUAUGUCAUCGACUCGUGCUUGUCCAGUUCUCAUCCACUCUGGUACAAAGUUCUUUGGAUUUCUGAAGUUGUUGAUAACAUUAAGCUUGAAAAUCAUGUUGUUAGUGAGACUUGUGGAAGAAAGAAGAUGGACGUGACGGUGCAUAAAGUUGUAAAUACCUCUGUGAGUCUUGGACCAUCUUUAUCAGGUAAUACUCCAAGAAUAAAUGAAGAAAUGGAGGGUUUUCAGGAGGCAAUGGACAAAAUAAAGGAGCAGAUACUUAGAAGAUCUCCUCAUCUGGAUGUUAUCUCGAUAGUUGGUAUGGCUGGGAUCGGGAAGACCACUCUUGCAGAGAAGAUUUACAAUGAUCUCAUAGCUACCCCUCACUUUGAUGUUCACGCUAAGUGUCGUGUGACUCAAGUAUAUUCAUGGAAGGAAUUGCUGCUUACCAUCUUGAAUUAUGUUCUUCAGCCUGCUGAUCGCACUGAAAAAGAAGACGGUGAAUUAGCUAAUGAGCUGCGUCAAGUUUUGUUAACCAAGAGAUUCUUAAUUCUCAUUGAUGAUCUGUGGGAUAAAACAGCAUGGGACUGUUUAUAUAUGUGCUUUAAAGAUGCUCAUAGUGGGAGUAGAAUUAUCCUAACAACUCGUCUUACUGACAUUGCCAAUUAUGCUAAAUGUGAAAGCAAUCCCCAUCAUCUUCGUUUGUUCAGAGAUGAUGAGAGUUGGACAUUAUUACAGGAAGAGGUGUUUCAAGGGGAUAGCUGUCCACCUGAACUUGUAGAUGUGGGAUUUCGAAUAGCAAAAAGUUGUGGAGGGUUGCCUCUCUUCAUUGUGUUAGUUGCUGGUGUUCUGAAAGAGGAAAAGAAGAACGAAGAUUCGUGGAAAAAAGUAGAGGAAAGUCUAGGUUCACGUAACGGUGGUAGCUUGGAAGAGAGCAUGUCUUUGAUUGAAUUCAGUUAUAAAAAUUUACCACACCAUCUGAAGCCUUGUUUUCUCUACUUUGGAGGAUUUUUAAAGGGCAAGGAUAUUCAUGUCUCCAAAUUGUUUCGGUUGUGGCAAGCUGAAGGAUUUGUACAAGAGAACAAGGAAAAAAACAGAGAAGAUGUCACACAUUACUUUUUUGAAGAUCUUAUUAGUAGAAAUAUAGUAAUGGCCAUGGAGAGGAGACCGAAUAGCAAGGUGAAAAGGUGUCGUAUUCAUGAUCUCUUGCACAAUUUCUGCUUGGAAAAGUCCAAGCAAGAAAAUUUCCUUAACCAAAUCAAUAGGGGAGUGGAUAUGCUUCCUGAAAAGCCUGAGGACUACCGGUUGUUCAUCCAUUCUUACCAGGAUGAGAUUGAUUUGUGGCGUCCAUGUCACUCAAAUGUCCGGUCUUUACAAUUCAAAGUUGUAGAUCCGGAUAACCUGUUAUGGCCACGUGAUAUCUCGUUCAUAUUUGAAAGCUUCAAACUUGUUAAAGUGUUGGAUUUGGAAUCGUUCAACGUUGGUGGUACUUUUCCCAGUGAAAUACAGAGUCUUAUUCAUUUGAGGUACUUAGCUGUUCAAACUGAUGCAAAUUCAAUUCCUUCUUUUAUAGCUAAACUUCGGAAUCUAGAAACUUUUGUGGUAAGAGGAUUAGGAGGAGAGGUGAUAUUACCUCUUUCUCUUCUGAGGAUGGUCAAAUUGAGGCAUAUACUUGUAAAACGUCGUGCUUCAUUUACUUUGCAUGAGAACAUGGAUGAAUCACUUGCUAACUAUCAGUUAAAUGAUUUGGAAACAUUUUCGACUCCACGUCUCUCUUAUGGUAAAGAUGCUGAGACAAUUUUGGCAAAGAUGCCAAAUUUGAGAAAGUUGAGUUGUAUAUUUUUGGAGACUUUUAGUUAUUCGGAGAAAUUGAAGGGAAGGUGUGUUCUUUUUCCGCGAUUAGAGUUUCUAAGUCAUCUUGAAUCAGUCAAGCUAGUUUCCAACAGUUAUCCAUCUAAACUUCCACACGAGUUCAAUUUCCCCUCAAAACUAAAGGAAUUGACUUUGUCCAAGUUUCGUCUUCCCUGGUGUGAAAUUUCUAUAAUCGGAGAAUUGCCUAACUUGGAGAUUCUAAAGUUACUUUUCCGAGCCUUUGAAGGGGAUCAAUGGGAAGUGAAAGAUGCGGAGUUCCCUAAACUCAAGUACUUGAAAUUGGACAAUAUCAACUUUUCACAAUGGUCCAUCUCAGACGAUGCUUUUCCUGAGCUUGAAUAUUUGAGUUUAACCAAAUGUGAGCGGCUUGAGGAAAUCCCUUCUCAUUUUGGAGAAGCUGUGUCUAUAAAAAGCAUUGAAGUAAAUAGAUGUGGAUCGUCCAUUGCUAAUUCAGCCCUGGAAAUUCAAACAACGCAACAUGAAGAAAUGGCAAAUGAUGCGUUCACAGUUACCAUACAACCUCCAGAUUGGGAUACAAGAUCAUCUCUUUGAUCUUGGCUGGUAAAGGAACAUUUCCAGGACACUUAACACCAAUUACACAAACUCAUGUGCUAUAAAGACUCUACUUUUCCUGGUUUGCUGCUAGUGGUGCCGUGCAUUGUCGCGAAUUAAUUGGUCUCUGUAGAACGUGUGUAUCUACUUGUUCAAUUUUAUAUAAGUCAAAAUGUCUACUUGUCUAUACCCAAAGUUGAAGGGCAUAAAU